CACAAAAUGGAAGUUGGAGAAAGUUUGACGCAUAAUUUUGACGUUUGGCACGGCUGUAAACCCGGAAAAAUAGCUAUUAUGACUACGGAGGACUUUUAUUUACGUUAUUAUGUUGGCCAUAAGGGCAAGUUUGGUCAUGAGUUUCUGGAGUUCGAAUUCAGACCGGAUGGUAAACUGCGCUACGCCAACAACUCUAAUUACAAAAACGACACAAUGAUCCGUAAGGAAGCAUUCGUGCAUCAAUCGGUGAUGGAAGAGCUAAAGAGAAUCAUUUUAGAUUCAGAAAUUAUGGCUGAAGACGAUUCACCGUGGCCACCACCGGAUCGCGUAGGCAGACAGGAGUUGGAAAUUGUCAUAGGUGAUGAACAUAUAUCCUUCACUACUUCGAAAACAGGCUCACUAGUCGAUGUGAAUCGUUCAAAAGAUCCCGAGGGUCUCCGUUGUUUCUAUUAUUUAGUACAGGAUUUAAAGUGUUUGGUGUUCUCACUUAUUGGACUGCACUUCAAAAUUAAACCAAUAUAAUAGUGUAAUUUUGUAACUUUAAUACUGACAUACUUAUGUAUAUUUAAUUUCCAUUUUGUAUUCGCAAAACUUUGCUUUAUUUCAAUUAAAAUCUAAACAUACUUACGAACGCGGUUUCAAUUAUGAUAGGUCAAAAAUUUUAGUACUGAAAAUUUUUGAGACACUCGAAUGGUUUAUAAUGUUUAUAAAAGUAGAAAUAUAUUUACCAGUCUGUAGGACUAGUCCAAUAGUCGGGUACAAGAACUAUCAACUCGACAGCUUUCUUAUAAACCAUAACAAAGUUAUUACUUGCCUUUCUGGUGUUUCGUAUUUUUGGCAUAUGGUUAAACGUCAAAUCAGUUCUUUAUAAGUAGACCGCUUUUCAACAAUUUUAUUGCUUAGAAAUAUUUAAAAUUGCUUUUUAAUUUAUUCAAAGGAUCUAAUAACUUGCAUGCAUAUUAAAAACAUUUUUCUUUCGAUAGAAUAACACUCAUUCCUAUAUACCGCAAAAUUUAUUCCAACACAAAAUAGUAAAAUAUUAACAUUUAAUAGCAUUGAGAUUAACUUGAGUAAAUAUAAGGUGACACUGGUUACUUAAGGCUAGCGCAGGCUAUAUAAAUUAUUUGUAAGUAAAUGACAUAAACUAUAUUGUAAUUUUCCUAGACUGAUUCAAAUAGUA